CGGAUUUACACCCGGCGGGUCUCACAAUCGCGCACACUCAUUCGCACAUUCUCACACACACAUCAACAAAGAAAGGGUCAGGAUACCCCUAUCCCAUCCCUCUCCAAUCCCCAGGCCGAAGAGGGCGGAGCUCCUGUCCUCAGCCCCCUUUCCCCUGCAAGGUGACCCUGGCCUGGACCGACAUGGUCCCUGCAGACCCUAGGAUGCGCUAAGGUUGGCGAGAUGAAGAAGACUCGCAGUGUUCUAUCGGUGGCUGGGACCGGGGAAGAGAGGCCCUGGGACAUCACGGAGACCUGCCGUGCCAACAUGCUUGGGGCUGACCUGCGGCGCCCUCACCGUCGCCUCUCCUCCGGUCCUGGCCUAUGCUGGACCCAGCCCGAGUCCUCUGAUCCUGAGGUCCCUCUGCUGCCAAGACCUACUACUCUACAGCUGCUGAUCCCACCGCGUAUUUCCAUCACCAAAGCAGGAGCCAACAGCUUGGAGGCAGAAAAUGGACCGACACCAUCUCCUGGGCGCAGCCCCCUGGACUCGCAGGCGAGCCCAGGGCUGGUGCUGCAUGCCGGCACAGCCACCAGCCAGCGUCGAGAGUCCUUCCUCUAUCGCUCAGACAGUGACUAUGACAUGUCACCCAAGACCAUGUCCAGGAACUCAUCAGUUACCAGCGAGGCGCACGCUGAAGACCUCAUUGUCACACCGUUUGCCCAGGUGCUGGCCAGCCUCCGCAGUGUUCGAAGCAACUUCUCACUCCUAACCAAUGUGCCCAUUCCAAGCAACAAGCGGUCCCCGCUGGGCGGCCCAACCCCAGUCUGCAAAGCUACGCUGUCAGAGGAGACCUGCCAGCAGUUGGCCAAGGAGACCUUGGAGGAGCUGGACUGGUGCCUGGAGCAAAUAGAGACCAUGCAGACCUACCGAUCUGUCAGUGAAAUGGCCUCGCACAAGUUCAAAAGAAUGCUGAACCGUGAACUCACACACCUGUCCGAAAUGAGCAGAUCUGGAAACCAGGUCUCAGAGUACAUUUCCACAACGUUCCUGGACAAGCAGAAUGAAGUAGAGAUCCCCUCACCCACGACCAAGGAGCGAGAGUCGCAGGAAGCCCCGCGGAAGAGGCCGCCCCAGCAGCCCCCGGCCCGCGGGCGGCAGUGCCAGCCCAUGUCCCAGAUCUCGGGGCUGAAGAAGCUCGAGCACGGCAGCGGCCUGAGCCCCGCCAGCAUCCCGCGCUUUGGGGUGAAGACGGAGCACGAGGAGCUUCUGGCCCAAGAACUGGAGAACUUGAACAAGUGGGGCCUGAACAUCUUUUGCGUGUCUGACUACGCCGGAGGCCGCUCACUGAGCUGUAUCAUGUACUCGAUAUUUCAGGAGCGGGACCUGCUGAAGAAAUUCCACAUCCCUGCGGACACCAUGGUGACCUACAUGCUGACGCUGGAGGACCACUACCACGCAGAUGUGGCCUACCACAACAGCCUGCACGCAGCCGAUGUGCUGCAGUCUACCCACGUGCUGCUGGCCACGCCUGCGCUGGACGCGGUUUUCACGGACCUGGAGAUUCUGGCGGCCCUCUUUGCAGCCGCCAUCCACGAUGUAGACCACCCUGGGGUCUCCAACCAGUUCCUCAUCAACACCAAUUCGGAACUGGCCCUCAUGUACAAUGACGAGUCGGUGCUGGAGAAUCACCACCUGGCUGUAGGCUUCAAGCUGCUGCAGGAGGAGAACUGUGACAUCUUCCAGAACCUCAGCAAGCGCCAGCGGCAGAGCCUGCGCAAGAUGGUCAUCGACAUGGUGUUGGCCACAGACAUGUCCAAGCACAUGACCCUCCUGGCUGACUUAAAGACCAUGGUGGAGACUAAGAAAGUGACCAGCUCGGGUGUUCUAUUGCUGGACAACUACACGGACCGCAUCCAGGUCCUCCGCAAUAUGGUGCACUGUGCAGAUCUCAGCAACCCCACCAAGCCACUGGAGCUGUACCGCCAGUGGACCGACCGCAUAAUGGCUGAGUUCUUCCAACAAGGUGACCGCGAACGGGAGCGAGGCAUGGAGAUCAGCCCCAUGUGUGACAAGCACACGGCCUCCGUGGAGAAGUCUCAGGUGGGUUUCAUUGACUAUAUCGUGCAUCCAUUGUGGGAGACUUGGGCAGACCUUGUCCACCCAGAUGCCCAGGAGAUCCUGGAUACUUUGGAAGAUAACCGGGACUGGUACUAUAGUGCCAUUCGGCAGAGCCCAUCUCCACCACCUGAAGAUGAGCCAGGGAGACCAGGCCACACUGGCCCACCUGAUAAAUUCCAGUUUGAGCUGACAUUGGAAGAGGAGGAGGAGGAGGAGGAUGCAUUGGAUGUGCAGCAGUUUCCCACAGCGGAAGAACAGUCUCUAGCUACAGUUGAGCUCCUGGCCUCUGCUGAGGAGACAGCCAGGAUGGAGGCUCAGGACUCCACAGUCUCAUCAGUGGAGGAGGAAGCCAAGCCGUGGCAGGGUGUGGACUCAGCAUGCAGAGUGCCAGAACCUGUGGGCCUGGAGGAGUGCAUUGAGAUUGCAGGCUGUGGCAGCCCCUCUGGCUUUGCAAGCCCGCUUCUGCCUGUUUUGAGGACCCCCUCCACUGAAGAGGAGACCCCGGGCCACCCGGGCCUCCCCUCCACGGCGGCCGAGGUGGGGGCCCUAAGAGAUCAUCUGGUCGCCAAGAGAGCUUGCUGUGCCUGCUCGGGGACACCAGGGGAAGACAAGGCCACCCUCCCAGUUCCAAGUGGGUGGGGAUCAGGUGGAGACCCUACCUGAUUGCUACCCACCUUACCCUGAGUUCCUCUUUGCUCCCCACUCUCCCCGUCUGCCACCGCCUCAGACAACCUCCUCCGCUGCCUCAGAGACUCUUGGCCCUCCUGACAAAUAACAAAACAGAAAAGUGGGGGGUUUUCUCUUUUCUUUUUUUCCCCUCCUCCCCUGUCCCCUCCAUCCAUGAGGCCUUUUUAUGGAGGUGGGGGCUGGGAAGGCAGGGACUAAGGUCCCAGAAAAAGGGAUUUUAUUUUUUGAAUUUUAACUGUAAUAUUUUUAGAAAAAGAACAAAAAGAAAAAAAAAAAAAAGAGGAUGAAACACGACAACUGUAGAUGCCCUGCUUCCCCUCUGUCUUGAUUAACCCCCUUUCCACCUCUGACCCCUGUAUCCUGCCCCUCACCCCCACAACACUACCUUAAAGUCCAAGGCUCCAUCUUCCCGCCCUUGGGACUUUCUCACUGAGACCCAAGCACAGGUGAGAAGUGGCCUUCUGAGCUGCUCUGAAUUUUGGAGGGGCUUCUGGAACCCAGCCAGUAAUAGCCAUGGGGGGAGUUGGUGGGAGGGGGCUGGUCAUUGCAGGGGUCUCCCCCUCUCUCUGGCUCACUGUCCCCCUUCCACAGAUGUCUUCCUUAUCAUUUUGCACAAUCCUAGCCAUAGGGAUGGAGGGAGGUUCAGCCAACUAUUGCUUUAAGAUCUAGGGGGUCACCACUCCACCAGCCAGACUCAAUUCCUGGGUCUACUGAAAGCCUGAGCCCCCUCCUUCCACUUGCCAUCCCUUUGCCAAUCCACUUUGGGUUCAUUUGAGUUCUUUUCAUCAGAGGAAGGGGUUUUGACCUGCACACACGUACAUACCUUUUGUUUCUGCCUUAAUGAUUCCCAUGGCCAUAGGAGUUGACGAAAUGACCCUCACUUCUGCCUACCCCUUGCAUGGGGCCAGGGCCAGGACCAGCACCCCCACCGCCAGGCACACAACACUCUGAACCUAGCCUACCCAGUUCCCUCCCAGAUUUCCACCCAGCACCCGUCCCCAUCUUUCCUUCUUUCAUUGCCCUAGGAAGAAGCAAUAAUGGUGUGUGCCCCAUACCCCCCAUCCUAGGCAGCGCUCCCCACACCACUGCAGUUUGCCCCAUCUGUCCCCACCUUGCUGAACCUGGCCCUCCCCUCUUUCCUUGGCCAGUCCCUGAGCAAUACCACAGACAGAUAAGAGGCCAUUCUCUCCAACCAUGGGGGGCUAUUGGAAAGACCUCAUUUCCCCUCCCACCAAAUCUGUGACAGGGCAGAGACAUCUCAUUAUUGGCCCCUAAUUCUGCAUACAUGGUACUAUUGCUCCCACCUCUCCUUCCUGCCAGCCUUCCAUCUGUCUGUCCAUCCAUUCACCUGACCCGAUAAUGCUCACAGGGUUUUAUUUAUUUAUUUUUUUAACAGAACUAGUUUCUGUCCCAGCUGGUGAACAGAAGGGGCCUUCCCCCACCCUUUCUUUUCUCUCUCUCUCUCUCUCUCUCUCUCUCUCUCUCUCUCUUUUGUACAUACUGUAAGGUUGGUAUGUAAAUUAUUUGAGAGAGUCAAAAAGGGAAAAUGAACUCGCCUUUCCAUGGCAACCCCAAUGGGACGGUGAGGAGGGGGCUCACCAGAGAGAAGCCCCCGUUCCUGCUGUAUUAUACAAACAUAAACUGUACCAUAGUCCCCAGGGAAGGGUGGGCACUCUGUGGUUUCAUGGGACAUCGUGUCAUCAUAGGGGCUGAGGGCUGGGCAGAACCUGUGCCCUGCCCCUGCCCCUGCCCUAGGAGCCUGAGUUGAGGUGGCAGGGACUGGCUAGACAGACUCCUGGGUUCAGUCAGGCUCCUUUCCCCAUGUGUUGUCCACUGUGAUGAUCAAUAAAUUGAUCAAUAAUCCUUGGAUCUUGUCACCAAUUAAAGCAAGACUUUCACUGA